CAUUUCAUUCUCAAAAUCUAGUGUUUAGAGUUGGUUACCUUACUGAGAGAAAAUUAAAAUUUGAUUUUAAAUUUGAAAGGUUCUAUAUGAUAGCUCAAGUAGUACAUAAUAUAAAGCAUGCAAUAGGACUCAUCCUUAGAAGGUGGAAAGGCAAGAAGAAAAAGAUGGAUAGCAUAGCCAAAAAGUGGAGGUUUCUUAGCGGCGAAAAUAACUGGAAGCAUUUGUUGGAGCCUCUAGACAAUGAUCUUCGAAGGUACAUAAUUCAUUAUGGAGAAAUGGCUCAAGCUACAUAUGAUGCAUUUGAUACAGAGAAGGUUUCUAAGUUUGCGGGAAGUAGCCGAUAUGCGAAGAAGGAUUUCUUCUCUAAGGUGAAUUUAGAGAAAGGAAAUCCUUUCAAAUAUCGUGUCACCAAGUUCUUGUAUGCAACGUCCAACAUCGAUGUUCCUGAUGCGUUUAUCAUAAAGUCAUUAUCAAGGGAGGCAUGGAGCAAGGAAUCAAAUUGGAUUGGGUAUGUUGCGGUAGCCACAGACGAAGGGAAGGCCGUGUUAGGAAGGAGGGAUAUUGUGAUCGCUUGGAGAGGAACAGUUCAAACCCUGAAGUGGAUUAAUGAUCUAGAAUUUCUUUUUGUUUCAGCUUCCAAAUUACUUGGAGUUGGAGAUAAGGAUGAUCCUAAGGUGCACCAAGGUUGGUAUUCCAUAUACACAUCUGAUGAUGCUCGUUCUCCAUACAACAAGACUAGUGCCAGAAACCAGGUUCUAGGUGAGAUUAAGAGACUAGUUCAAGAAUUCAAGAACGAGGAAAUCAGUAUAACUGUUACUGGUCACAGCUUGGGUGCAGCACUUGCGACUCUAAAUGCGGUUGACAUAGUUGCCAAUAGAAUUAACGAGCUAAAAGACCAGCCAAACAAAGCUUGUCCAGUAACAGCAAUAGUAUUUGCCAGCCCUCAUGUGGGGGAUUCCAACUUCAAGAAAGUUUUCUCAGAACAUAAAGAUCUUCGAGUCUUACGUAUUCGUAAUGCUCCAGAUCUUGUUCCUGACUAUCCUUUCAUAGGUUACUCCGAUGUUGGAGACGAGUUGACAAUAGAUAAUCGCAAAUCGCAUUACUUGAAGAGUCCGGGAAAUUUGUCAACUUGGCAUAACUUGGAGGGUUACUUGCAUGGAGUUGCUGGAACACAUGGGACUUUAGGAGGGUUCAGGUUGGAGGUUCAUCGAGAUAUUGUACUUGUAAACAAGACAAUGGAUAGUUUGAAGGAAGAGUAUCUUGUUCCAACGUCAUGGCGAUGUGUGCAGAACAAGGGUAUGGUUCAACAACUUGAUGGUUCAUGGAAAAUGAUGGAUCAUGAAGUGGAUGGACCUGAUAGCUGAAUGUUUAUAUACAUAUGGGAUACUGUUGGAGAUACUUUUAGAUGACAUUUGAAUACUUUGUUUGAGUUGCUUGCCGUGUCAAUUUGGUUGUACUUUUAGAUCUAGGGGGAAAUUAAAUAAGGAAAGAAUGUUAAAUAAUGUAAUAUGACACAAACUGAUUGAGUCCUUGGCUUAAUUACCUAUAUAUCUAGGUAAUGGAGUUCUUUAGGAUUAGGAAUGUCAUAUUAGUGUUAAAAAAAAGGGAAGUUUGGACGUUGUUCAUUUGUGUAUCAUUCAAUAUACCAGGAUUGCAUAAA